GACUGCGAUGGUGAUGCUUCUUGCACUCUGUGAAUCAUUUCUACUGAGGAAAGAUUGCAGUCCUCUGCCUGCUUUCCUGAGGGUAAGAACUGAAUGGCUGGGCCUAAUGGAGGGCAUUCGGUUGUGGGAAAAGUCCUUAACACCUUUGUGUCUUGUCUUUCCUCCUUGGCAGGACAUUUUACAAGGGACGGCACAGUUUGUUAUUCACGGUACCCCAGGGAGGUAGAUUAGCAUUUGAGAGACUGGCCCAAGGUCAUACUGUAUGUUUGACAAAGCUAAGUGUGACAGGGAUCUGCACGCAUUGGGAAUCUUUGUGGACCCAUUCAGACAGGUUGAGGCAGAUUGAAGCAGCUGCCUCAGGGGGCAAAUUCUGGGGUGGGGGCAGAAAGGGGCAGCCUCUCCAGAUGUUCCUCUCGAGGCCUCUGGCUGUACGCUUCUGUUGAGGGACACAUCUUGUCCUGCCCCUUCCAAGCCUCACAACUAGCCUGCUUCCUUCAUGUACAGACAGUUCAGAACUCUAGCCCGUCGCCAGUAACAAAGUAAGAUUCAGCUCUCAGUCCAGUUGGUUUAUCAGUGCAAUGCAGGGGUUAGGGUUAGUGGUUAGGGUUAGUGGUUAGGGUGCUGGACUAGGGUUCAAAUCCCCACUCAGCCAUAAAGCUCACUGGAUGGGCAACCUUGGGCUAGUCAUCAUCUCUCGGCCUGAGCUACCCCACAGGGUUGCUGUGAGGAUAAAAUGGGAAGGUGGGUGGAACCUUGGACGGCCCCUUGCAUUCCUUGCAGUGCUGGAUUUAUGACCCGGAAGCUGUACGCUGGCUCCCUCAGCCAAUAAAGUGAGAUGAGCGCUGCAACCCCAGAGUCGGUCACGACUGGACCUAAUGGUCAGGGGUCCCUUUACCUUUACCUUAAACAUGCUAUAGCUUAGGGCCCCACUCUCUUGGGGGGGCCCCCAAAAAAUUUAAAGGAAAGAAACACUGGGUGUACAUUUCCAAAAUAUAAGAUGAAAAACAAAUAAAAUAAAACCUACAUACAGCAUCAGUGUUUUGUGUUUGUAGGCUCCUAUGAUGUAAGUAAUGGGCCCCGCCUGCUAGCCUGCUCCCUGAAAUAUCACUGGUUUGCUCAUUUCUAUAUAUAGGGGGCCUACAUUCUGCAUGGACUGGUUGCAUGGCAACAUAUGCAAACGGCUUUAGAUACCUAUUAGGUCCAUCAAUUACCAUAUAGCAUAUAUUCAACACAAAAAACAGCGACAAUUUGUUGUUGACAAAGGACAGCCAGACAUGUAAAGGGCCCCAUUACCUUCAGUAGCGUAGGGCCUCAUCAAACCUGAAUCUGGCCCUGGUUCCUUGGAGGAAAAGUGAAGUGUGAAUGCAUUGACUAUAUAAAUAAGUAGGUGGCCUGGUGGGGAGAGCACCUGUUUUGUUUUGUUUUGUUUUGUUUUGUGUUGUGUUGUUUUUGCAUCAGGCAGCAACUGGUCCUGGUAGAGAGAGGAACCUUUCUUUCACUACCAAGCACAGUCAGAAGUCCACAGGGAAGGAAAUAGGGGGUAACUUUAGAUGUCCUUUUUUCCUAUUACUUUACCCAGUGCACAUUGUCUCCCUCUCUGCCUCUCUCUGGAUGCAGAUGACCAUUUGCCAAACCAUGUGGGUUUUCUUUUUUUACUACUGUGGCAGAACAGCCCCUUUGCAUAGCAUAUGAAUCACUUCUUUUGAGCCAAACGAAAUGAUACAGUGUGAGCUCAGAACAAAACAACAUACCUAUAGUGGGUCCAGGCUCCAACUGAUUCCUUCUUGCCAACCUUUUCCCUAUUCAGCUCCAGGGCAGCCUUCCUCAACCUGGUGCCCUCGAGAUGUUUGGGACCAUAGGACCCAACCGUUAGCCAUGCUUUUCUUGUGUUCUUAUCUGAAGGAUACCAGAACAGAGAAACGUGCUACAGGCUAUCCCAUCUACAACAACUGAGCAUCUUAUGCAGCCUUCCUGCUACAUUAAUGCAGAAGUAUCUCUCAGUGUCUUUAGGCAUUGCGUUUGGGGAUUGUGGCUCGACUUGGCGAGCUGGUAAGCACUUUUACCUGAAGCGGUCUGCAAAAGAUACUGAGGUACUCUCUCCAUAGUACAUAGUUGUGAAACAGCCACGCAGAAUGCCUCUGGUCUAGUCAUCCUGGGAGUUGACUAGGGCUGAUGAGACUUUAGUCCAAAACUGCUGGAGGGCACCAGGUUGGGGAAGGCUGGUGGAUGGACUCCGUGAGGGAGUCAUGGAGAACACAGUGGGACUGGAGGAGAGGACACUGCCUGUGGCUACAGCCAGCUCUUCAUUUCAUCUAUGUGGCUUCCCAUCCAGUUGUCCCACAACACAGCCUGCUUAGGAGAAUCACAAAUUUCUGACAUUUCUAACAGCUGCAACUGCGUUGUCAGAGGGCUGCACAGCGAAAAGAUGCCUCUCGGGUGGAAUGCAGCAAGGAGCUCUUUGGUCAUCAUUGGGGGCUUGGCGUUCCAGGGCCUGCCUAUCUAUUUUGGUCCAUAUUUUAUCACUUGCUCCCCCACCCCAUGGAAUUUGCCCCAGGAAAACGUCGCAAUCGGACUGCAGCCUUCACAAGGAGACACAGAAACAGGUAGUCAAAGAGGUCCAUUCCCCCAGCAAAGACCAUGGCUGGGCGCACUGUCCCUCACGCCUACCCCAUGAGCGCGGAGUACGAGUUUGCCAACCCCAGCAAGAUUUACGACCAGAACUUUGGAGAAGGUAAGAAAAAUGACUGGCUGGUAGCGUUUCCCUUUGAUUUGCACACAGUAGACUGCAGACAAUCCAAGGCUGAGCUGGUGAUUCUAACUCAAUCAUUGAGGGAAUCCUAUGGAAUAGUGAUUAUGAAUCAAAGAAUAACACACACAUUUUGCAAUUGUAGAAAUGAUCUCGUGAGCUUGCAUGGAAAGAGCGUUUGAAGCCCCCUUUUUAACCACACUUUUGCCUCCCUGAACAAAGGCACAGUGGGGCACCAGUGUGUGACAGUGACUACCUUCUUCAUGGGUCUGAUGAGACUGAAGGUGCAUCCAAUUGAGUGUGUAUUGUAGGAUUGCUGUUCUUCAUGCAUGUGAGAUUUCUUGCAGCAUCCAAAUAGCAUCGUUGCAUGAAAAUGCCACCCCAUAUUUCCUGCUGUUUAAUCCAAAUUUUCCCUUUCUUAGGAAAAACCUGUUCGUGAUAUCUCAGUGACCCAUUUAUAAUAUUAAAAACCCCAUCUGGAAACAACCUCUCUAUUGGAAACCUUUUAGUUGUUGUUGGUUUUUUUUUAGAUUAUUCCUACAAUCAGAACUGUGUCUCAGUGUGUUACCCCAAGUGUUGAUAAUCUGAUUCUGUGCUUGUUUACCCAGAAAUAAGCUUUUCUGGGUUCAGUGGGGCAGUGGAUUGCGGUCUGAGAUUAUAGAAAACGCAAAUCAAUCCUCUAAAAAGUGAGUUCAUUCAAUUCUUAAUGUAUAAUGCAGUCAGAUUGCAACUAAAGGCAUUGCCAUGCAUUCACUGUGCUAAAUAGAAUUAUAGAGGCAUAGCUAUAGACACACACUCUCUCUGUAUCUCCUGGGAUGAUGAAACUAUAUAUCCAUAUCCCCUGGGAUGGGGAAACAUAUCUUGAAGCACAUCUCCGAAUCCUUAAUAUUUUUUAAUCCAUUAAUAUUGUGGUCAUUAAAAUCAGUAUGUGUGCCCUACAGUCAGCAACAGAAUCGACCAACAUAAAGGGAUGCAUGGGUUUGUUAUACAGUGGUACCUCGGGUUAAGUACUUAAUUCGUUCCGGAGGUCCGUACUUAACCUGAAACUGUUCUUAACCUGAAGCACCACUUUAGCUAAUGCGGCCUCCUGCUGCUGCCGCGCUGCCGGAGCACAAUUUCUGUUCUCAUCCUGAAGCAAAGUUCUUAACCUGAAGCACUAUUUCUGGGUUAGCGGAGUCUGUAACCUGAAGCGUAUGUAACCCAAGGUACCACUGUACUGUAAGGCAAGGUUUUUUGGGGGGUUUUAAAAGAAAAAACAAGCCAAUAUGUUACAACCAAGCUAUCUGUAACCACACACAAUGCAAAAGAGAGAGACAGCAUCCCAGGUGUAAGGGAGGAACAACCCAUGAAGAUGAGACCAUAUGGGUCAGUUGGCUUUACUUCUGUUUUGCAAGAAGUUAAAAAGACUUCCAGCUGGCAAGGGAGCCCUCUCAAAGCUGCUGGCAGCCGGGAACGAGAUCCUUCUCUUUCUCCACACGGAUCCAGGACACUUUAUGGAAUGUGGCUGGCACAGAGCAGCAUGGAGGGGAACGAUGCCAGCCAGAGAUUAUUUUUAUUUUUUUGCAAACUCCGUUAAAACUGGUGAAAAGCUGAGCUGGUGGGUUGUGCACAAAGCCCAGCUGGAGUUGCAGUGGCUGUUAGAGGAGAAAGAAUGCACAAGGCAGCAGUAAACCAUUCAGCGCUGAACAGAGUGAAAAGCUGCAAGCCCCCAGAGAGAAGCCGGUGGGAUGACUGUGUUGCAUAAAAGGGCUUUUGUUGUCUGUUCCAGACUGCAGUUGGCUGCCAUGUGCUUCUCUUGCUUCUGGGCCUGGCAAAAUGGCUGGGCAGGACCAAGCCUAGGGCAAUGAUAGGUGAUGCCUUUGGGUGGGGAAGAGCAGGCAAAGCAGGAGAGGAAGGCUCCAAUGUAAGGAGAGUGAGAAUACAUAGAAUCUGGGAAAUAAAUGAACCCCCCAAAAGAAAUAUAUCAGGAACUCCAAAAUGCUGAGUUUGCCAAGUUUCCUUAGCAUGGCAGCCUAUUGAACAUAUGGCUGGUUUAUAUGAGGCAAGCCUGCUCUUUUGCCACUCUUUGACCCGGAUGCUAUGGACCUUUCUCAAAAAGACCUUAUUCUCCAUCUCAUGAUGGCCACACAGCUCACCAUUGCAAGCUAUCAGGGGACUCUGGAGAGCAACCUUUAUCAUAAAGUUUGGUUGACGAAAAUUUGGGGCCUGAUUCUGAUGGAUGAGUUGGCACUACAGCUAUGUGUACGCAGGGGCAGUCAAUAGACUGACCCUUUUACUUCUACAUAAGUAAACAAUGCACUUUGGCAGUGAACUUGCUUUGGCACUGAACCUAAAUCCGCCUCCAUUAUUCUUGUUAUUUUAAUUGUACUCAAGUGUGGCAUAAUCUGUAAUUGUCAAUUCUUCCUUUUAGGUGUUUCCCCAGGGGAAAUCCUGUCCCCCACAUUGUACCAUGGCUACUACAUUAGACCUCGGAUUAAUAAGCAGCUGGACCGAGGGAUCUCAGAGGUCAACCUCAACGACCACAAAUUCCAAGUGUUCCUUGACGUUUGUCAGUUCACGCCAGAUGAGAUUGCUGUCCGCACAGUGGACAAUCUCCUGGAGGUGACAGCUCAGCACCCACAGAAGGCAGAUCGGCAUGGUUUCAUAUCCCGGGAGUUCACCAGGACCUAUAUCCUCCCUCUUGAUGUUGACCCUCUGUUGGUCAAAGCCACCGUGACCCAUGAUGGCAUUCUGAGUAUAGAAGCUCCGCGGACAGGAAAGGAGGUGAAGGCCAAAAUCAAUGAGGUGAAAAUAACACGCCAAGAACAGCCAGCAGCGGAAGGAAAGGGCUGUGAGGAGAAGCCAUAGCCCUAAAACAUCCCUCAGCAAUGUCCUCUCCCACAUUGAACAUGCCCCCUUCAACGUGCACACAUUUCACUGAAUGUCAGGAUUGGACAGCUGAUUUGGGGAAGGGGCCUACCCACAUGACUUUGUGGGGUCCUGUCUCUUUUUCUCAUCCUUUAGAUGUGGCAGCCAUUUUGUGUUAUGCCACGCACCCGCAGCAGCCAUUUUUUUAUGCCAUGCCCCCAAGGCAGCCAUUUUGUGACUGGUGUCCAUGGCACAUUCUCAAAAAAAUUUCAAACAUGCCAAUCGGCAUAAAAAAAUUGGCAAAAGCCCCUGUCCUAUUGUAUGCCUACUGACUUGGAUCAACAUUUUUUCUCUCUGUGUGUGUUUGAACUGUUAAGCCUCAUGCUCUGAAUGUAUAAAUUGGUUUAAAAAAAAAUAAAUAAUCCUGAGAAUUA